CACAGCAGCACAGUUAAGUGAUGGACAUCAGUCUCCAGGGGAGGGCACUGCUAGUUCGACAGGUCUAUCAGCGUGACGUGACUGGGAGGCAAAUAAAAGUUUAUCAACUCUACUUACCAACCAUAUAUGCUAGCAUCCCAACUUCGCCAGUCCACUUUUAAAAAACAUCAGCGCGCGUAAAGGUUCCUUACAACCGUCCUCUCAAUGAAAGGAGGUGGUUUCCCUCUCCUAACCUGCUCCAGCGUUCAUCACGGCGACCCACUAGCAACAACGAGAUGAUGUUUGUAGAUGAUCGGGUCUGGGCUCUGUUCAAGCGCAACUGGCAGCACACACUGACUUACUGGAGCGUGUUCUUCAGUUUCGGGCUGUGUAUCGCGUUCCUGGGGCCGACCAUCCUGGACCUGAGGUGUCAGACCCAGUCAACUCUGCAGGAGAUUACCUGGGUUUUCUUCGCCCAACAGCUCUUCCUCAUGCUGGGGAGCGCCUUGGGAGGACUCUUCAAGAAGACGCUCCGCUGCUCCCUCUCAGCUCUCUUCGUCUCCAGUCUUGUCAUCUCCAUGGUGUUUGCCAUCAUCCCACUUUGCCACCAUGUGCUGAUGCUGGCUGUUGCCAUGGCGAUAUCUGGCACGGCAAUGGGGGUGAUUGACACCAUCGCCAACCUGCAGCUGGUGACGCUCUACCAGAAGGACUCAGCAGUUUUCCUACAGGUUCUGCAUUUCUUCAUAGGGCUGGGAGCGUUGGUCAGUCCCCUGGUAGCAGACCCAUUCCUGUCGGAGGGGAGUUGUGUUCUGGGGGGGAACAUGACAGCCAACUUCUCCACUGACCUCCAUCACCUCCGCAGCUCCCUGGCAGGCAAGGGGCCAACCACCCUGCACAACGUAUCCGAGCACUACCACCUCCGCACAGAAGGCAUCAUCACCACCAAUGUGUCCUACGCAUUCUGGAUCAUGGCUCUUAUCAAUCUGCCUGUACCAGUAGCAGUGUAUGUGUUGAUGUACCGUGAGAGGCUGUUCCCCUGCUCGAACCACAGCCCACGUCUACUGGACAAGGAGAAAAACUCACAGAAGAACCAACAGGACCACAAUAUCCAGGGUCACGGGGGUUUGUUUGGCUGCUGUAAUUAUGGUGAUGUGAAGGAUCGCCCCGCCUCCUACUUCCUCCUCUACAUUCUGGGCGGAGCCGUGCUCUUCAUCACCGACGGCAUAAUUGGUUCUUACACAGGAUUUGUCUACACCUACGCGGUGUCUCCUCCCCUCUCUCUGCCUCACAAGAUGGCAGGCUGUCUGACCAGUGUGUUCUGGGCAUCUGUCACUGCGGGCAGACUGGCGUCUAUAUAUCUGUCAUACAGAUACACACAACAACGACUAAUCUCUGUCAGCCUGGUGGGGGUGAUAGUGGUGCAGUGUCUGCUGUUGAUCCUGUACUCCAGCCGUGUGUUCCUCUUCAUGGGGACAUGUGUGUUAGGCCUCUUCAUCAGCAGUGUGUUCCCCUGCAUGGUGGCCCUCACAGAAGACAUGGUCAACUAUAAAGGUUGUGCCACUACUGUCCUGGUGACCAGUGCUGGUACAGGAGAGAUGGUGCUGCAGCUUCUCACGGGACAGUUGAUCCACAGUAAAGGCAGUUAUAGUUUCUUGUUGGUUGGUAUGAUAUCAUCCUGCAUCGGAUUCACUGUAUUCCUGGGGCUACUCUACAUCCAGCAUCUACACAGGAGCUCCCAAGCAGCCACAGGUGCUAGUAAGGAAAUUGCCAUGACAGAGAAGCCUUCAAGUGAGUGAUGGAGAGAGGCUGUGAGGAUGGAACAACGGAAAGAGAGGACUGUUUAAACAAAUGACAAAGUGAAGGAAAAACAGAAGUGACCCAACUUUUUAAAAUGGCUGGAGGAAAGGCAGUGAGCACUGGAAUCCAAUGUUAGACUUCAGUCCCUCUCCUUUCUUCCAGCUCUCAACACCGACAAUCAAGUUCAACCCAAAGACAAUCCCAUCCUACCCAGUACCCACCCUCAGAUCAAACAAACUGAUUCAGAUUCAGCUGGCUUUAGAUACAAAAAUAAAUCUUCCAAUUUUAUCAUUCUAAACAGUCUAUUUCUGAGUGGUACAGUAUUAUAUUUGUUUAAACUGAGAAAUGUUGUUUUAUGCUGUAGCUGUCUGACCUUGAAUGUAGCAUUCAUAAACCAGGAGUUGGGAGAGUAGAUGUUAACUUGGCUUGUUCAUGUCUUUGUCUUUUUAAAUGCUGUCAUGAACAGGUGGAGACCAAAGCCUCCUCCAUUGGCAUGCUGCUUAUUUAAACUCAAUGUCAGCUGGUAUCCUGCUGGAUCCUUAACUGCUCCGUGUCUUAUAGAGCUUUAAUGUAGACAGUGACCCGUGUGACUCAGGUGGAGUGGUCACAUGAGGACAGAUGGUGUUGCUAUGUGAGCAAGGUGUGGUGGUUAGUUACCUCGUAAAACUCACUGGAUUAGGAAAACAAGUCUCGUGGGGACAUACUUCCAAAUCUAGUCUUCAGAGGCUAAGAAACAGACACAAACAGGGUGACUAGAGAUCAAGGUUGUUUUAAUAGUCUCUGUUAUAAACGUUUCCUACUUCUCCUCAAACACAAACGCGCCACUCCAAGACAAGUAGCUUGUAAACAUUUGAAAAGCAUUUUGAACAAAUAAUUUACAGAAGCGAACAAAACAG